AUGACUAGCGAACUACUAGCAAGUUCUUCAGAAAUUCAUGCGAAUGAUACAAAGAUUUUUCAACUUAAAGCACUUUCGUUAAAUUUUCUAAGAAAUACUUCUGAAAUAACUGAUGAACAUAUUCCGAAACUUAAUCCUUGCCACUUCUGCAAUAAAGAAAUUCUUACCUUACCCUUACCACUUCAUUCAUUCACAGUAUUAUUAUGUGGACAUAUAUACCAUCAAAUAUGUUUUGAAAAACAUAUUGAACUUUCACUAGCUUCUGAAGACGAAGAUUCUCUUGCAGGUCAGGGAGGAAAGAGAACCGAAAUUACUACAGAAAUAUCCUCAAGAACCAAUCGUGAACAGGAAAGAUUUCGAGGAUUAUUACAUGAAUUAUCUACAUCUAUUAAGGGGGAGACUACUGAAACCAAUAAUGAGGAUGAGGGUUCUGGGAGUUCGAUCUUGCAGAAUUUAGCUCAAUUAUUCCAAAAAGAAAUUAAGGCUGAAAAGCAUAGUGUUAGAGUAGUAAUAAAAGGAGCAGAAAGAGCAGGAGGUGUAGGAGAUUGGGGAGAUUGUGAAGUCCGUUCCAUUUCAUAA